AUGUUAAAGUUCUUCGUAUUCUUUGCCAUUUGCGUUGCCUUGGCCUCGGCUAAUCUGAUACGCGUCCCAGUCUACAAGAAUGCCAAUCAUAGCAAGAGUAUCGAAUUCGUGAAAAACCAAGCAACUUUCUUGGGCACCAAAUAUGGUAUCAGCUUUGCUGCGAACACUGCUGCCGAGGAAUUGACCAAUGAUUACAACGUGGCAUACUACGGCAAAAUCACCAUUGGCACACCGGCACAAGAAUUCGUGGUACUUUUCGAUACCGGUUCCUCAAAUCUGUGGAUACCAUCAUCCACCUGCCCCAGCAGCAACACAGCUUGUCAAAAACACAACAAAUAUAAGGCGAGCGCUUCCAGCACCUAUGUGGCUAAUGGCGAAAGUUUCUCCAUCGAAUAUGGCUCCGGUAGUUUAUCUGGUUAUCUGUCAGAGGACACAGUGAGAGUAUCUGGUCUAACCAUACAAAAUCAAGUAUUUGCUGAAGCCACCAGCGAGCCCAGCUCUACUUUUGUUGAUUCGAAUUUCGAUGGUAUUUUUGGCUUGGCCUACGAAGAUAUCGCCAGCGACGACGUUGUGCCACCUUUCUACAACAUUUGGUCACAAGGUCUG